AUGGCCAUGGAGGCUCCCAUCGUAUCAACUGAAGCAUCAACGGGCGUGUCGAUGGACAAUUCACCGCGGCUCGAGCCCACUAAGGUGUCCAAGCAGGCUGACGAUGCCAUGUCUCUGGAGUCCGGCUAUGGCUCCGCACCGCCGUCCGCAUCCGCAUCGACGGCACGGCUCCCGCGUGUGUCCUUGACACCCGAGCACCUGAGACACCUGAACAAACAGCUGGAGAACAUGGAGCCCAUGGACAUUCUGCGCUUUGCCAAGAUCUUCUUCCCCAACCUCUAUCAGACAACCGCCUUCGGCCUCACGGGUCUCGUAACGAUCGACCUUCUGGCGAAGCUGGAGCAGGAGGGCGUGCCCAAGGAUGCCGAGCCCGUCAACAAGCACAGCGUGGAUCUCAUCUUCCUCGACACGCUGUACCACUUUAACGAGACAUACGACCUCAUCGAGCGUGUGCAGGCACGAUACCCUGGCGUCAAGAUUCACAGCUUCAAGCCUGAUGGCUUCGAGACGCCCGCCGAGUUCGAAGCUACGUACGGCCGCCUGUAUGAGGUCUCCGAAGAGAUGUACGACUACCUCGCAAAGGUGGAGCCGCAGGAGCGCGCCUACGACAACCUUGAGGUGGUUGCCGUGCUAACGGGCCGCCGUCGGUCACAAGGUGGCCAGCGCGGUGACCUGAACAUUAUCGAGAUAGACGACGAGCGGGGCAUCUACAAGAUAAACCCGCUCGCCAACUGGUCGUUUGGCCAGGUCCAGGCGUACGUGCGCGAGCACAACGUUCCGUACAAUGUUCUACUCGAUCGCGGAUACAAGUCUAUCGGCGACUGGCACUCGACCAGCCCGGUCGGCGAGGGCGAGGACGAGCGUGCUGGUCGGUGGAAGGGUCGCAGCAAGACUGAGUGCGGCAUCCACAACAAGCAGUCUCAGUAUGCACAAUUCCUCGCGGGGAAAGCUGCAACUGAAUCGGCUGCCAACGUCGGCGCCCUAGCGAAGAAGCUCACUGCGAUCGCAUAA